AUGCCAGCAACACCAGGCAGUAAUCCACACGCAAGCAGACUGUCAUCAUCCAGACUAGAAAGUGUUCGGAAGGACAGCUUAGCGCAACCCAAGGCCAAGCAACACUCUUCCUCCGCCGGCUCGAGGUCGACUUCGUUGUUAGGAAGGCCUGGCGUAUUACCACCAACCAAUCAGAGUACCAACUCCCCCCUCUCCAAUGAUGGCCAUGAUGACUAUCAAGAAGAUGACGAGGACGGAUUUAUUGAACCAUUAUUUCAAACCGCUUUGCACAUAGUUCAAUCCUCCUUGCCGAAAUCUGGCCAGAUUCAACCAACCUAUAACGAUAAGCUAUUACUCUACUCACUAUUCAAGCAAGCCGUCCAUGGUGAUGUCAAGAGCUCGACGGUUUCCAAAAGGCCGGGAGUAUUCGAUAUGUUGGGCAGGGCAAAGUGGGACGCUUGGAAGGCUAAAGAAGGCUUAUCCUGUUCAGAAGCUAAAAGGUUGUACAUCGAAUCAGUAUUGAAGCUUCUGCGCUCUCAUCGAGAUCGGCCGGAGGCUAGAUUAUUAAUUGAAUCGCUCUCGGGCUACGAAGCUUACUCGGCAGGAGCUGAUCACCUGAGUGACUCGGAUGAAGAUUUAUACUCAGAACAGAAAAUCGAAAUCCCGACGUCAAUACCAGGCAGUCUACGAACAGCGAGCGGCAAAGAACGAGCACAGGGGGGAGCGGACGAAGAAAGAUCCGAAUCAACAUCGAUAUCAGACGAAAAAUCCGCAGAAGAAGAAGAUGUUAUUCAGACGUCAGGAUUGGGCCCAUAUAAGAGCUCUUCCCAACUCCCCGAUCCAAUCAACUCCUCCGAAACUCAUAUCUUGCCGCCCCACUCGCCGAGAGCCAUCGGAACUGCAUCCGGAAGCUCUUCUGGACCACGCAGCCAAUCACCGUCCGCCAAAAAUGACUCAAGCCCACCCCAGGCAAGCUUAGUCUCGGUCGGAAGUGAUCCAAUUGAACGGCCAGAGCCACGAUUUACAUACGCACAGGUCCAAAGACUUGUCGACCAAACCCCUCAAAGCCUCCCAUUCACCUCCCACACUCUCCGCUCGCCUCUCAAGAAUCACCCCCACUCACACACAGACUCCGUUCGCCUUCAUCCUCCCCAUUCCUCUGAUGACCAGUAUUUCUCUUCGCAUGCCCUUUUACAGUCCAACCUUCAUAAACUCAAUCAAGCCAUCGAUUCUCUGCAAAUUCUGAUCUCCAAAAUCGAGCAGCAUCAUUUCCAACCGUCCUCCGAUCCCUCCCCACAAAAUAGAAGCAACUCGAGUCCUUCCCCUCCCUCUCCUCAUCCUCCGCAUAAACUGAAUUCCUUACUUUCACUCUCCCGACUGCGCACCUUGGUCCGUAAUAUUUGGCUUAGACGGUUCUUCUUCGACCUUUCCCUCUUCUUCGUCCUGAUCAAAGCUUUGAAAUUCUUCAACAAACGUCCUUCACAGCUCAUCUCCUCUUAA